ACAUACCGAGUAGGCAAGAUCACUUGAAGAUGGAACUAUCGUGGUUCAUUCACAUUGAAAUGGACUGAGUUACUAAGUCUAUAACAGUAAGGUGGUCACGGACAGGACACCAUGUUCUACUCUUGUUUUAUCGGCCAUCUUCCUUUCAAGGUAACCAAGGAAGAGCUGUACAACUUGUUUGUUGGCUGUGGAGAAAUACACGAUAUAUUUGUGUGUGAUGAAAGUAAUAAAUCUUCUUAUAAUUAUGGCUUUGUGAGGUAUAAAACUAGCGAACAGGCUCUCAAGGCUGUUCAAGAAUUAAACAACUGGCCUAUUCAUGGGUCUCAUAUGAUUGUUGACAUAGCCAAGGAUACAGCUCAAAGAAUAAGAGAAGAGAAGAAAUUGAACAAUGAUAGAAUGGUGAAGUGUACUGGUCCUCGCCCUCCUCCUAUAUGUGAUAAGGAAAUGGAUUCAAAUACCUUGGUACAAGAUAUCAUGUAUAUUAGCCGUCUGAAAGAAACUUGUGCCAGUCUCAAUUAUAAAGUUAACAGUGGUUUACUAGGAGAUGAAAAUACAAAAUCAUUGAACGUGGACAAACUAUUAGACAAAAUGGCAGAACAACCACUGGAGAGAAUUAAAACAGUCAGAGGAGAAUUCAAUGAAGAUUUAACUCCUGAGAAAAUACGUGACAGAUUAUUAGAAAGUGAUAAAAAGAGCAGCAGUGUAGAUAUUAGUAAGACAGCCAGUUUUGUCAAGGCUUUACAGACAGUUGUUGGAACAGUAAAUUCAUUCCUUCAGGAGCUUACAAUAGAACCAAAUGUACCAGUAGAUCUAAUGAAAAACCUGGUGGAAAGUCCACAGUUGGGUAAUCAUCAGCAGGAACAAGAAACCAGUGUCAACAAAACCAGUGGUGAAAAUAUUCAAGGUGUAGAUUUGAACAUCAAACAAAAAGAUAUGAACUCGAGGAAACUUCUAGAGAGAGAACCAGUCUUACAAAACAGUAGAAAUGUGAGGGAUGAUUGUGUUCUUGUUCCCCAGUCUCUACCUGUCUUGCUACGCUCUAACAGUGAUGAGGUUGAGGAUACCAGUAACUCUGAUUCAGAUUAUGAAGGACCUUCAAGGGAUUCUGGAAUUGAAUCCGAUGCAUUGACAGCGAAAAAACAUAAUAAGGCAUCAGAAGGGGUUGGUAGUUUAGAUUGUUUUGAUGGACGAUCUCAUUGUAUUACACAGACAACGAAUGCAGAGAGGAACACAACAGGUACAAGUGACAUGGUAUUAUCAGGACAAUCUAUGAAAAGUAUUGCGAAGACAUCAGAUGGAAAUAUGCUUACAAUAUGUUCAAGUGAGAUGGUAACAUCAGAAGGAUCCAAGCAGAAUAAUGAUUGUGCCAUUAUUGAGUCAUUCUUACAGAAUGCUUUGAAGAUUGGCCAGUCAUCUGAUGUAAGGAAAGACAAAGAAGGAAGCAGAACAGAAUAUUCAAGUCCUGUUUCUGUAGGCAGAGGAAUUGGUAGAGGUGUACUUGGGAUUUUUAAAAAGUGAAAGAUAACAGCUAAAAAAGGAAAAAUGCAAAUGAAAGAUCAAAAGAUGGUUUAAAGAACAGAGAAGAAAUUCAGCAUACAUACAGAUUCACAGAAUGCUGAAUUACAACAGAAAAAUACAGGAGUUUGAUGUCCAUUUUUCAUUUUUAUAUGUUUUAUAAGAUCUAUUUUUAGAUGUAGAAAUGCUAUAAAAGUGAUUUCUGACAGUCAGAAACAUUUUAUUCUUGAUACAGUUAAGAUUUCCAUUUUGAAAUAAGCAACUGAAAUUGGAAAAUUGAUUAAUUUCUUUUUCAUUGCAAUGACACACAGAACAUCACCAAAAGGCAAAAUAUGCCUCAUAGUAUUCAACUAACCUCCACCUCCUCAACCACCAGAAAGAGUAACUCACCAGUGGAACAAGUCCAAAUGAUAUUAGUUUUGUGAAUACAUUAUUAAAGUUUUGAGUAUUUUAACCGUGUCCCAUAAUUAGAAUGUUUAUAUGUAGGGUUUUAUGCACUUUCGUUUGUCCAUCAAGAUAAAGAUAGUUGAAGCUUAAAUUGAUGUAGAAAAAAUAAAUUUGUACGAGUUGCUGGAAUUGGUCUUAAUGACAAUCAAGUUAUGUUUAAGCAGAAAUGUUAAGAUGUGACCAUUUACAAUAUUAAUUAUCAGUUAAUACAAGUUUAUGAAGUUUAAAUGUAUAAAAAGCAUGAUAUAUAAAUUUAUGAAAUAUAUAUAUAUAUAUAUAUAUAUAUAUAUAUAUAUAUAUAUAUAAAGAAAAGUCAAAUAGAAUCCGUA